AGCUGGGUGAGGGUUCGGGGUCCCUGCUGACGGGCCUCCCUUCCCCGUCCGGCCUUGGUCUGUCUGUCUGUCCCGGGGAGGCUGCGGCCUGCUCGGCCCUCCAGGCCCUCUGCGCAUGCGCCUUCCAAAACGGGGCAGCCAGGUUGCUGACACCCCCCCCCCCUCCACUGACUGACAGCCUGUCACUGGGCACAAGUCAAAGGGCUGGUGAUGGCCUUUCAAGCCCUGGAUGGUUCAGGUCCAGACUGUUUGGCUGAUCCCAUCUCAUGGGCUACGCUUUUGGGAUGUUGUGUUUUAGAGGCACUGAUGUAUUAAUUCCUUGGGAUUGGAAUGCAUUUGAUUGUAUAUUGUUGGGAUUGGUCCCCAUAGAAACCACCCCAAGUCCCCUCGCAGAGAUGGCGCGGGAUACAAAAAUAAAGUUGUUGUUGUUAUUAUUAUUAUUUGAAACAUAACAAGAUGAGUCCACAGCAGACACUCUGCUGGCUGUCUUGGAUCACACCUCGGACACUUCCCCAAUGUCUAGGACUGUGUGAUGUAUUGGCGAGUAAUGCGUGCCUCUCCCAAGAAGGUGGCCUUCUGCAGCUGGCAGAGGGUAAUUUUGUCAGCGCCGGUUGUGUUUAAGGGCAGGCCAAGGUUUUUAGCCACUGCACCCACUGGGACCACCUUGACUGGCUUGUGCCAGAGUCCUUGUAAUUCGAUCUUUAAAUCCUCAUAUCAUGUCAGCUUUUCUAGUUGUUUCUCCUCAAUCCUGCUGUCACCUGGGAUGACAAUAUUGACAGUCCAUACUUUUUUUUAACACGAUCGUGAGGUCAGGGGUCUUGUGCUCCAAAACCCUGUCUGUCUGAAUUCGGAAGUCCCAGAGUAGCUUGACAUGUUCAUUCUCUGUAAUGUUUUCGGGCUUGUGAUUCCACCAGUUCUUUGUUGCAGGCAGAUGGUAUUUGUGGCACAAGUUCCAAUUAAUCAUCUGAGCAACGGUGUUCUGCCUCUGCUUGUAGUCUGUCUGUGCAAUCUUUCUGCAGCAGCUGAGGGUGUGAUCUAUUGUUUCAUCUGUUUAUUAUUAUUAUUAUUAUGGAGCUCCUGAUCUGCUGAACUGCUGUUGUUGCUGCUUUUCCCUUUUUGACGGCUUUGUCCUUUUUUGGAAAUGGCAACAGACGCAUAACCCGGACCCUUCCCUCGGCAGAGAGGGCCGUCCUGCGGAAAGAAGGGCGUCUGCAGGGAGGGAUUGGCGGAGGCCGUGCAGAAGAAGCUCCAGGCCGAAGUGGAGAAGGAACAGCAGGUGCCAAAAGCAGCUUAGAUACCCAGCGAUGCCCGUGUUAUGUCUUUUGUGGUGAUACAUACCUGAAGAAGUCCUUGUUUUUGGGUUUUUAGAAAACGCCUAAGGAUGUGGGUAAGCUCCUCCUCCCACCGUCACCUGUCUUUGCCCCCCUUUGACUCUGGGAAAUCUUAAUCUCCCAACAUCAUGGGUCAAUUCUCCAGAAUCCACACUUUUAGAGUUGAUAAUCAUGGUUACGUGUGUCCAGAUCCAUUCUAGAAUCCCAGAAAAAUAGCGUUCGAAGAGACCCCGUGGGCCAUCCAGUCCAACCCCAUUCUGCCAAGAAGCAGAGAAAAUGCAUUCAAAGCAUUGUGGGUGUUGUGUAUAGAGCUCUUUCCUAGUGGGUGAACUGCAACUGCCCACAUUGUGGGUCAGUUUCCCUCAAACUCUGUAAAUACUCAAAGCUGAUCUUGUUGGUAAUGGGUGUCACGUUUGGUCCAGAAUCAUGGUCACUUGGGUUCACAGUGCUCUCUGGAUGUGGGUGAGUUAUAGCUCUGAAAAAAUUGUUCGGGGUCUGUGUGCUGCAUUUGGUCCAGAUCCAGCACUGAUGGGAUUUGCAGUGGCCUUUGGAUGUGAGUGUAUGUACUUCCCGUGCCAUCAUCCUGGGUCCACCCUCCACUAAACCCUACCUGGACUUAGAGUGGGUCAUUGGGGAGGGGGGGUGUUGUGCCACAUUAUUUAUUUAUUUGUUUGUUUGUUUCAGCAUUUUUAUCCCGACCUUCUCACCCCCAAGGGGGGACUCAGGGCGGCUUACAAAUAGAAACAAGUACAGUAGAGUCUCACUUAUCCACUUUUCUUGGUACAGUAAAACCGUGCUCGUUCGAGCCUCCGUGCAAUCCGAGCAGGUGAACAGGGAGGGGCUGCAACGCCCCCCCCCCCCCCCGUUCACCUGCUCGCUGGCUGGCUAGGUGUGCCUGUUGCUAGAUAGAUAGCAAGCUACCUAGCAACACGCACAGGGCGCUCGCCCCUUGGGAGGUGCCCCCUGCGUGUUGCUAGGUAGCUUGCUAUCUACCUAGCAACACACACGGCUGGCUCCUUCGCCACGCUUUUGCCGCCCUCCCCCUUCACCCACUCAAUGCUGGCCCAAACGCCCGCCGAACGGAGAGGUUUCCUCUUCCCUGGGUCCAAGCGGCCGCCAAAGGGAGAGGAAACCUGGCAAUCCGAGUGAUCUGGCUUGACCAAGCUGAGGUUGGCCUGUUUAACUUGGACUACCGAGGUUCUACUGUAAUUGGCUUUCUCCCCCACCCAUUACCGCCCUCCACCCUGCCGUCCCCACAACCCUCCAGCACCCUAAGGCACAAAAUGCAAAUGCAGUUGCCAAGUGCAAAGGGUGCAGGAGCAGCAUGAGUAUAGGGACUCGAUUUAAAACUAAAGUGCAAAGCAGGCUAUGAGGUAUUAUAAUUGAUGGGCGAGUGCCUUCAGUGUAAUUUCAUAAAGUCCCAACACAGGACCAAUUGAGGUAGAAUUAAAUUUAGCAGCAGAGAACAUUCGUUAUGGCAGCAACAUUCAAUGUUGUUAGUCAGUGUUCACAGCAGGGCAGACUCACAGUUCCGAUGGAACCUUAUUUAUUUAUUUACAGUAUUUAUAUUCCACCCUUCUUUCUCACCCCGAAGGGGACUCAGGGCGGAUUACAAUGAACACAUAAAUGGCAAACAUUCAAUGCCAACAGACAAACAACAUACAUUAGACAGACUCAGAGGCAUUUUUAACAUUUUUCCAGCUUCACGAUUCCGGCCACAGGGGGAGCUGUUGCUUCACCGUCCAGUCGUGGCUGUACUUCCUCAUUCCUUUCCUCGUGUUUUGCUGGCAGUAUUUUAUGGUGUUGUAAAUUAGCCUCCCGCAUAAAGCGUCCCUAAAUUUCCCUAAUUGACAGGUGCAACUGUCUUUCGGGGCUGCAUAGGUCAACAGCAAGCCGGGGCUUUUAAUGGUCGGAGGCUUAACCCGACCCGGGCUUCAAACUCAUGACCUCUCGGUCAGUAGUGAUUUAUAGCAGCUGGUUACUAGCCAGCUGCGCCACAGCCCGGCCCCUUAAUAGUUAAUAUUAUGAUGUUAGAUCAUGCAGGGGGGGGGGGUCAAGAGGAAUGGCCUUUCAGCAUGACUGCGGUUUGUUGGUGUUCCACAGUCAUGGCUGUUUGGUCCGGAUCCACCACUGACGGGGUCUCUGGAUGUGGAUGCUGCCCCUGCCAUUCCUGCCCGCAGGCCCUGCUGAUGGGAAUAACAACCACAGUCCUAGCCCUAGAGACACGUGGGAAGGGUGCGAGGAGGUGGGAUCCCGUGGAGGGGGGGGGGGGCGGCAGAGGGGCCUCGUCUGGCCCAAACUACUUGUCUGAACGUAUCUCCUCUUAUGAACGAACUAGGUUGUUGAGAUCAUCUGGGGAGGCCCUGCUCUCGAUCCCACCUGCCUCACAGGCUCGUCUGGUGUGAACGAGGGACAGGGCCUUCUUGGUAGUGGCUCCCCGGCUGUGGAAUGCUCUCCCCAGUACUAUUCGACAAGCCCCAACACUCCUAAGUUUUAGGAAAGCAGUGAAGACAUGGCUGUGUGCUCAAGCGUUUGAGGAAUAAGUAUCUGAGGUGAUAUGGCUUGAAUCAAGGCGUCCGUGAAAGGCGUCAGUGGAUGAAUCUAAUUACACAUGCUUUUUAACACUUUAUAAUUCGUGUUUUAGUAGAGUUCAUAUAGUUUUUAAUUGAUUUUUGUAUUGUUUUAUUGAACUGGGCCGGGCUGUGGCGCAACUGGCUAGUAACCAGCUGCAAUAAAUCACUACUGACCGAGAGAGAGGUCAUGAGUUCGAAGCCCGGGUUAAGCCCCCAACCAUUAAAUAGCAUAGCUUGCUGUUUACUUAUGCAGCCCGAAAGACAGUUGCAUCUGUCAAAUAGGAAAUGUAGGUAUGCUUUAUGUGGGGAGGCUAAUUUAACUAAUUUACAACUGCCAGCAACAUGCCGGAAGAGGAAUGAGGAAGUACAGUCAGUAGUGGACGGUGAAGCAACAACUCCCCCUGUGGCCGUAAUCGUGAAGCUGGAAAUGUUAAAGGCCUCUGUGUGUGUCUAUACUGUAUGUUGUUUGUCUGAUGGCAUUCGCCGGCCAGGAACGGGCCGCAGCACCAGCCAGCGCCAGGAUCAGCCCCAGGGGCAGGAGGGAGUCUGCCUGGAGACCGGUGACGCGGCGAGACGGGAGCAGGUUCCCAUUGGCGGGUCCCUGGGAGUUCUCAUCAGUGGAAAAGGGCCAGGGGAGAUUCUGCCCGGAGACCGAUGACGUCAGAGUGGAAGGCGAGUUCCCAUUGGCUGGUUGGUCCCUGGGAGUUCUCAUCAGUGGAAAAGGGCCAGGGGAGAUUCUGCCCGGAGACCGAUGACGUCAGAGUGGAAGGCGAGUUCCCAUUGGCUGGUUGGUCCCUGGGAGUUCUCAUCAGUGGAAAAGGGCCAGGGGAGAUUCUGCCCGGAGACCGAUGACGUCAGAGUGGAAGGCGAGUUCCCAUUGGCUGGUUGGUCCCUGGGAGUUCUCAUCAGUGGAAAAGGGCCAGGGGAGAUUCUGCCCGGAGACCGAUGACGUUAGAACUGAAGGCGAGUUCCCAUUGGCAGGUCCCUGGGAGUUCUCAUCAGUGGAAAAGGGCUGGGGGAGAUUCUGCCCGGAGACCGAUGGCGUCAGAGUGGAAGGCGAGUUCCCAUUGGCGAGAAUUUUGAAAAGCAAGGGAGAGAUGGAAAGAAAGGGGGAGAGAGGGAGGGAAGGGCAGGACAUACAUACACCCCCCUCUCUCUCUAUUUAUCUCUCUCCCUCCCUCCCUCCCUCCCUCUCUCUGGGGCUCCACUGCCGUUGAACUCCCGAGAAGCCCCGCCUCUCUAUGGGUCUCCUGCCCGCGGCCGCCAUGUUUGCUCCGGGCGGAAGUCCAGCGAGAGGAGGCGGCCUCUGUUUCCUAGAGAGGCGGGCGGGCGGGCGACGCUUUCCCUGUGAGCUCACUUCCGGAGGAGGAAGGGGACGGUGAGGGAGCGAGCGAGCGAGCGAGCGCGGGAAGAAGCCUGAGGAAAAAGUCUGAGGCGGCGACCCAUAACCCGGACCCUUCCCUCGGCAGAGAGGGCCGUCCUGCGGAAAGAAGGGCGUCUGCAGGGAGGGAUUGGCGGAGGCCGUGCAGAAGAAGCUCCAGGCCGAAGUGGAGAAGGAACAGCAGGUGCCAAAAGGUAACCUCUAAACGAACCUUAUGAAGAAAACAUUGCCCUUUGCCUUUCGUCUGAAAUGAAAGUACGCAGGAUUAACAAGAACAAGAAAUGAAUUGGAGAAAUUAUAUUUCAAGCUACAUACCUUUAAAUGUAAGGAAAGGGAGGAUUGUGCUGUAAAAAGAGGGGUUGGUAAAGAGAAAAUAAGGCUACAGCAAUACAGAGACUGGGAAGAGGAAAUGUCCUAUUCAGGAGUCCAUAUCUCUGAACUUCAGGCAUAAUAUUAGAAUAAUAAAUGUUAAAAAAAUGGAAACUUCAUUGUCAAAAUCACACACAGGGGAGAAGCGACAUAAUUGUAAGGACUGUGGGAAAUGUUUCAUUGAGAGAAGUUCUCUUGCUAAACAUCAACGAACUCACACAGGAGAGAAGCCAUAUACAUGCAUGGAAUGUGGAAAGAGAUUCAGUGAGAGUGGAAAUCUACGCACCCAUCAAAGGACUCACACAGGGGAGAAGCCAUAUAAAUGCAUGGAAUGUGGAAAGAGCUUCAGUCGGAGUGGAGAUCUACGCACCCAUCAAAGGACUCACACAGGGGAGAAGCCACAUACAUGCAUGGAAUGUGGAAAGAGCUUCAGUCAGAGUGGAGAUCUACGUAUCCAUCAAAGGACUCACACAGGGGAGAAGCCACAUACAUGCAUGGAAUGUGGAAAGAGCUUCGGUAAGAGUGGACAUCUGCGUAUCCAUCAAAGGACUCACACAGGGGAGAAGCCACAUACAUGCAUGGAAUGUGGAAAGAGCUUCAGUCAGAGUGGACAUCUGCGUAUCCAUCAAAGGAUGCACACAGGAGAGAAGCCACAUACAUGCAUGGAAUGUGGAAAGAGCUUCAGUCGUAGUGGAAGUCUACGCACCCAUCAAAGGAUUCACACAGGGGAGAAGCCACAUACAUGCAUGGAAUGUGGAAAGAGAUUCAGUGAGAGUGGACAUCUGCGCACCCAUCAAAGGACUCACACAGGAGAGAAGCCACAUACAUGCAUGGAAUGUGGAAAGAGCUCCAGUCGGAGUGGAAGUCUACGCACCCAUCAAAGGAUUCACACAGGGGAGAAGCCACAUACAUGCAUGGAAUGUGGAAAGAGAUUCAGUGAGAGUGGACAUCUGCGCACCCAUCAAAGGACUCACACAGGGGAGAAGCCAUAUAAAUGCAUGGAAUGUGGAAAGAGCUUCAGUAAGAGUGGAAAUCUACACACCCAUCAGAGGACCCACACAAGGGAGAAGCCACAUACAUGCAUGGAAUGUGGAAAGAGCUUCAGUAAGAGUGGAAAUCUACGCACCCAUCAAAGGACUCACACAGGAGAGAAGCCACAUACAUGCAUGGAAUGUGGAAAGAGCUUCAGUCGGAGUGACUAUCUACGUUCCCAUCAAAGGACUCACACAGGAGAGAAGCCACAUACAUGCAUGGAAUGUGGAAAGAGCUUCAGUGAGAGUGGAGAUCUGCAUAUCCAUCAAAGGAUUCACACAGGGGAGAAGCCACAUACAUGCAUGGAAUGUGGAAAGAGCUUCAGUAAGAGUGGACAUCUGCGUAUCCAUCAAAGGACUCACACAGGGGAGAAGCCACAUACAUGCAUGGAAUGUGGAAAGAGCUUCAGUCAGAGUGGAGAUCUACGUAUCCAUCAAAGGACUCACACAGGGGAGAAGCCACAUACAUGCAUGGAAUGUGGAAAGAGCUUCGGUAAGAGUGGACAUCUGCGUAUCCAUCAAAGGACUCACACAGGGGAGAAGCCACAUACAUGCAUGGAAUGUGGAAAGAGCUUCAGUCAGAGUGGACAUCUGCGUAUCCAUCAAAGGAUGCACACAGGAGAGAAGCCACAUACAUGCAUGGAAUGUGGAAAGAGCUUCAGUCGUAGUGGAAGUCUACGCACCCAUCAAAGGAUUCACACAGGGGAGAAGCCACAUACAUGCAUGGAAUGUGGAAAGAGAUUCAGUGAGAGUGGACAUCUGCGCACCCAUCAAAGGACUCACACAGGAGAGAAGCCACAUACAUGCAUGGAAUGUGGAAAGAGCUUCAGUCGGAGUGGAAGUCUACGCACCCAUCAAAGGAUUCACACAGGGGAGAAGCCACAUACAUGCAUGGAAUGUGGAAAGAGAUUCAGUGAGAGUGGACAUCUGCGCACCCAUCAAAGGACUCACACAGGGGAGAAGCCAUAUAAAUGCAUGGAAUGUGGAAAGAGCUUCAGUAAGAGUGGAAAUCUACACACCCAUCAGAGGACCCACACAAGGGAGAAGCCACAUACAUGCAUGGAAUGUGGAAAGAGCUUCAGUAAGAGUGGAAAUCUACGCACCCAUCAAAGGACUCACACAGGAGAGAAGCCACAUACAUGCAUGGAAUGUGGAAAGAGCUUCAGUCGGAGUGACUAUCUACGUUCCCAUCAAAGGACUCACACAGGAGAGAAGCCACAUACAUGCAUGGAAUGUGGAAAGAGCUUCAGUGAGAGUGGAGAUCUGCAUAUCCAUCAAAGGAUUCACACAGGGGAGAAGCCACAUACAUGCAUGGAAUGUGGAAAGAGCUUCAGUAAGAGUGGACAUCUGCGUAUCCAUCAAAGGACUCACACAGGAGAGAAGCCACAUACAUGCAUGGAAUGUGGAAAGAGAUUCAGUGAGAGUGGACAUCUGCGUAUCCAUCAAAGGACUCACACAGGAGAGAAGCCACAUACAUGCAUGGAAUGUGGAAAGAGCUUCAGUCAGAGUGGACAUCUGCGUAUCCAUCAAAGGAUCCACACAGGGGAGAAGCCACAUAAAUGCAUGGAAUGUGGAAAGAGCUUCAGUCGGAGUGGAGAUCUAUGCACCCAUCAAAGGACUCACACAGGAGAGAAGCCACAUACAUGCAUGGAAUGUGGAAACAGCUUCAGUAAGAGUGGACAUCUGCGUACCCAUCAAAGGAUGCACACAGGGGAGAAGCCACAUAAAUAGGGCAAGUGCAAAGAAGCCAGAAUGUUUGUCCAAAGAACUUCUAACGACUAUGACUUAAAAUAGACAUGAACAGGAAGUGGAAGGGGAAGAAAUCACAAAAUCAUAUAACCAUAGAGUUGGAAGAGACCUCAUGGGUCAUCUAGUCCAACCCCCUGCCAAGAAGCAGGAAAUUGCAUUCAAAGCACCCCGGACAGAUGGCCAUCCAGCCUCUGCUUAAAAGCCUCCAAAGAAGGUUCCACAGCUGAACUGCUCUCACAGUGAGGAACUUCUUCCUUAUGUUCAGGUGGAAUCCCCUUUCCUGUAUUUUGAAGCCAUUAUUCUGCAUCCUAGUUUGCAGAGCAGCAGAUAACAAGCUUGCUCCCUCCUCCUUAUGGGAUUUUGGCCUGCAUAAAUAGGGGCAGAGUGUCUAGAUCCAGGGAAGUCAUGCUCCCCCUCUAUUCUGCCUUGGUCAGACCACUUUACCUGGAAUCACACUGUGUCUAAUUCUGGGCACUGCAAUUGAAAGGAGAUGUUGAAAAGCUGGAAGGUGUCCAGAGGAGGGCAACUAAAAUGAUCAAGGGUCUGGAGAUUAAGCCCUAUGGGGAGCGGCUUAAAGAUCUGGGCAUGUUUAGCCUGCAGAAGAGUAGGCUGAGAGAAGAAUGAAUAAAUGCAUGUACAAGUAUAUAUGAAAAUAUCAAUCUGGGUUUGUAAAAGGAAGACAAAUGUCACGUUUGAUAGGAAGAGUAUUAAACAAAAUAUGUGUGUCUCAAGAGAGGAAGUUAAAAGUGGGGAUACUAGCAUUAGAUAUAUUUAAUGCUUUGAUUGUGUAACAUGGCAGAUAAUAAGUGAGAUUAUGAAUUAAUUUGGAAUGGGAAGUAGAAUAAAAGGAUGAUUAGAACCAUUUUAUUUGCUAUGGUGAUAGAAUUAUUUGCAAACGCCAUCCAAAAAGGUAAGAAUGUAGAAGGUGUAGGAAUAAAGGAAAAGCAGAAGGUGAGCUUAUUUGCUGAUGACACAUUGUUAUUGAUUAAAUAUCUGGGUAGGUCAAAUGGAUAGGAGAGAGGAUCAUUGAAAGAUAUUUGGGAAAACAACGGGUUUAUAUUAUACAAAGAAAAAAGAAAAAGACUUUAUAGAACAGAGCCAUACGGGAAUUAGAAUCAAGAACAAACUAAAAUACCUGGGAGUAAGUAUAACAAAGGACUUAAAAGAAAUAGAAGAGGUAAAUGUAGUAGCAUUGAGAAAAAUAGUUCACCCCACCUUUCUCCACCCCAAAGGAGACUCAUUUGGACAAAUGAUAAAUACUGUAAUGGCAGUCAAAGAAAUUGACUAAACAAAUUACAGAACAGAUCUCAAAAAGAAGAAGGAUUAGCGCUUCCUCAUAUGAAAAAAUAUUAUAAAGCAAACAGACUGAGAUUGGUUAUACAAGGAAUGAUGAAAAGGAGGAUGUAGAAUAGUUAAUAAUGGAUUCAGGAAAAGUGGAGGAAGAAAUUCGGUAUAGGUUUUAAAAUAGUUUAUGAGAAAAAAAAAUUAGGUAAACUGGGAACCCAAUGUUGAGUAAUGCAGUAGAAAUAUGGAACAAAUACAGGAGAAAGUUAAUAACAGAUGGCUCAAUAAUAACCCCAAUUAUAAUGGAAAAGCCAUUUAAAAAAAAUAAUAUAUAUAUAUGAUGGAUAAAAAAAUUAAGGGGAAAAACUUAGAUAAAAUAGGGGAUUGGCCAAAGGUUGGAAUGAAGAAAGAAAAGAUUAGGAACAUAAAAAUUUGAAAGGAAUAUCCAGUAAAAUUUCUAAAAUAUUAAUUGAAAAAAACAAAGGAAAAGUAAAGAAUAACACCUUCAAGAAGAUUUGGAAAGAAGAUAUAGGAAUGAAAAUCAAUGAAACAGAGGGGUUACAAUUAUGGGGACAAAGACACUUGAAAAAUAUAUCCAUAUGUGUUAAAGAAAAUUAUUAUUUAGUUGAUAUGGAAAUGGUACCUCACACCCAUAAGAAUAGGAAAUAUAAAUAAAAACUACUCAAACAAUUGCUGGAGAGGAUGCCAAGAAUCGGGAACAUACAUACAUAUGUGGUGGCAGUGUCAAUAUAGAAAUAAUUUCUGGGGAAAAGUAUUAAGAGAGAUAGACACAAUGAACAUUCAAAUAGAAAGAAGUCUUAGCAUGGCUUUAUUCUCAUUAUAUAAUAAUAAACAGUUGGAAAAAGAGGACAAAGAUGCGAUAACAAACGCAUUAACAAUUGCAAGACUGCUUAUAGCAAGGAAUUGGAAAAGGGAAAUAAAUAUAGAGAUAGAAGAAUGGUAUAAGGAAGUAUGGAAACUGGGAAGAAAUGAUAGGUUGACGUGGAGAGGGAUUUAGAAACAAAGUGGUUGUGAUGAUGUCUGGAGAAAAUGUAUUGGAAGAGGAUUCACAAAGAAAGAGGGAAAAUUACCUCCUCAAGAGGGAAUGAAAAGGAAUUUUGGACAGAUGAUAAAUAAAAAAGUGACUUAGGGGAGAGAACACGGUGGUGAGGGUAAGAAAUCUGUAUAAGCGUGAAAAUAACAGUAGAUGCCAAAUGUUAAUGUAUUGUAGAUUGUACUGAAUAUAAUGUGGCUGCUGUAAAAGGAUGUACGAAUUUUUUUAAAAAAAAUAAUAAAUGUAUUUGUAAUUUGUAUAAA